AUGUUUGCUGCAUCAAGGAUCCAGACCCGUGCCUUUUCGGCUGCGGCGCGCAACCUCUCCAAGGUUACCGUUCUCGGCGCCGCCGGUGGCAUCGGUCAGCCUCUCUCCCUCCUCCUCAAGCUCAACCCCAGGGUUACUGAGCUUGCGCUGUACGACAUUCGUGGAGGCCCCGGUGUCGCUGCCGACAUCUCGCACAUCAACACCAAGUCAAACGUCAAGGGCUACGACCCCACGCCCUCCGGCCUUGCUGCCGCCCUCAAGGGCUCCGAGGUUGUCCUCAUCCCCGCCGGUGUCCCCCGCAAGCCCGGCAUGACCCGUGACGACCUCUUCAACACCAACGCCUCCAUCGUCCGCGACCUGGCCAAGGCCUGCGCCGAGUCUUGCCCCGAGGCCAACAUCCUGGUCAUCAGCAACCCCGUCAACUCGACCGUCCCUAUCUGCGCCGAGGUCUUCAAGGCCCGUGGUGUCUACAACCCCAAGCGCCUCUUUGGUGUCACCACCCUCGACGUCGUCCGUGCCUCGCGCUUCGUCUCCGAGAUCAAGGGCUCCGACCCCAAGGACGAGAACAUCACCGUCGUGGGCGGCCACUCUGGUGUGACCAUCGUUCCCCUCUUCAGCCAGAGCAACCACCCCGACCUGUCUGCCAACGACCAGCUCGUCAACCGCGUCCAGUUCGGUGGUGACGAGGUCGUCAAGGCCAAGGACGGUGCCGGUUCCGCCACCCUCUCCAUGGCCAUGGCCGGUGCCCGCAUGGCCGAGUCGGUCCUGCGCGCCGCUCAGGGCGAGAAGGGCGUCAUCGAGCCCACCUUUGUCGACUCGCCCCUCUACAAGGACCAGGGCAUCGAGUUCUUCAGCUCAAAGGUCGAGCUCGGCCCCAACGGUGUCGAGAAGAUCCUGCCCAUUGGCGAGAUUGACGCCAACGAGCAGAAGCUGCUCGACGCCUGCGUGGGCGACCUGAAGAAGAACAUUGAGAAGGGUGUUGCCUUUGUUGCCUCCAACCCCGGCAAAUAA